CCCGAAACCGCUGAUGGGAGAGGGGCGCGAGAGAAGAGAGAGCUUCUCCCGGCCUGUCUCCUCCCCUCCCCCGCUGUGGCAAAGCACAGAGUACACACUGUCAACCAGAUCUUUGACUGUGUCCCACACUUGCCGCGUCCCAAGUCAAGCCAUGAUGACAUCAGCGGUCUUUCUGUGCAGCCUGGCGGCCACGAUGCUCUCCGCCACCCCCUGCCAGGGCACCGGAAGUUCUGACGUCGGCCAGGUCAGUCAACCGUACUCAAGGCAGACAGUCACUCACGCAUCGUCUGCGUGAUUCUGUGUUCUGUCGGUCUGUAUUGCACCAGCUUCGUCGUCUUCGUGCAGUGCAGGAGGACCGAAAUGAGGUGAUGGAUCAGCGGAGAGAACUGCAGCCGCAGCAGCCGCAGUCCGUGCUGUCGGCGGAGGAAAUCGAGGCUCUGACGAACAUGUUCGGAGGCAACACGGAUUCCAACAACGCCGCUUCGGACUCAAUCUCACCUCCAGCGCAAUCUCAGAGCUACUCCGGGCUCAAUAGAUGGAGCUCUCUUGGCAGUGACAGCAGCAGCUCCGGCAGCGGGGCGCUGCGACGACCAGACUCGUAAGCAUGCAUGCAGGAACUCCUGAUUUCGCUGCAAUGUGUGAUGCAUGCAGGGCCGAUAGUUCUCUCAAUCCCAACGGACCCGGUCGAGAUACUGGGGAUUCCUUGGACCCUGACGGACCUCGGGGAGAUACUGGGGAUGAUGACAACGACCGGCGCAACGAUCGGGACAACGACCGGGACGAUCGGCGCGACAACCGGCGCGACGAGGCUGAUGACUCCUUCAACAACGACGGACCUGGGGAAGAUACUGGUGAUGAAUGAAGCCCAUCGGCGUUCCUCGUGUUGUGCGAUGCCACACAUGAAUGGUUGCCUCCGAAACCCUGGAGGGAAGGCCAAUCCCAGAUGGCAGGAGAGAGUGCGCGGGAUGUCCACCUACGGCUCAACCUGUCUGUCUGUGUGGGGCUGUCUGUCUGUGUUGGCUGCUCUGUGGACAAAUUGCUUGGUUAGUUAGUUAGUUGGUCAAUUAGUUAGUCAGUUAGUACGGUCAAUUAGUUAGUCAGUUAGUACGGUCAUGUCUGUAGGUACGGAUUUGCCAAAGAGAGUCGCUUGCUGAUGCGCGUUUGUUUGUGAAGUGGCUUGGUGUGGUGGGCGAGUAAUGCUAUGCUGCUGCCAACGCUCUCUCUCUCUCUCUCUCUCGCUCUCUCUAUGUGGUGGGGAGCGGGGGGAGGGACAUCGUGUGUGCACGUGGAUGCCGGAAUGUGGGCCACUUUUACUUCAAAGGAUAAAAUGCUACUGCUGUGUGCCCUGCCAUUUUAUCAGUGUGCACAUAUCCUUUUCGGCUGCUGCUGCUGCUCUCUGAUUGCGAUGUGUGUGGUGGCACAUGGUACAGCCACAAUCAGGUGGCUUAUACAUACAUGUUGGUUGGCUGCAUGUGUGCGGUGCGGUUGUGAUUUUUUCCAGCUGCAGCAGAGCGGUGGCAUGCGUGUGUAUAUCUGACGCACGGGGUGGGGGUCGGAUGUGGCUCAUGCGAACAUAUGG